AAAUGACAGCAAUGGAAGGGGCCAGCGGGUCGAGUUUUGGAAUAGACACGAUUUUGUCCGGUGCCGGUUCCGGCAGCCCCGGCAUGAUGAACGGAGAUUUCCGCCCUCUCGGUGAAGCUAGAACCACGGAUUUUAGGAGCCAGGCCACCCCGUCACCCUGUUCGGAGAUUGAUACCGUGGGAACGGCGCCCUCUUCUCCGAUCUCGGUCACCUUGGAGCCCCCGGAGCCGCAUCUUGUGACAGACGGACCCCAGCAUCACCAUCACCUCCACCAUGGCCAACAGCCGCCGCCGCCGCCGCCAGCCGCGGGCCCCGCACAAAGUUUGCAGCCUUCGCCCCAACAGCAACCGCCUCCGCAGCCACCGUCAGCAGCCCAACAGCUGGGCUCAGCCGCCUCGGCCCCCAGGACUUCCACCUCUUCAUUUCUAAUUAAGGACAUCUUGGGGGACAGCAAACCUCUGGCGGCUUGUGCGCCCUACAGCACCAGCGUCUCUCCUCAUCACACGCCGAAACAGGAGAGCAACGCGGCGCACGAGAGCUUCAGGCCAAAGCUGGAGCAGGAGGACAGCAAAACGAAGCUGGACAAGAGGGAGGACUCCCAGAGCGACAUCAAAUGCCACGGAACAAAGGAAGAAGGAGAUCGGGAGAUUACAAGUAGCCGAGAGAGUCCCCCUGUGAGAGCCAAGAAACCUCGAAAAGCCAGGACAGCUUUCUCGGACCACCAGCUCAAUCAGCUGGAGCGGAGCUUCGAGAGGCAGAAGUACCUGAGUGUCCAGGACCGUAUGGACUUGGCAGCGGCACUCAACCUCACUGACACUCAAGUCAAGACUUGGUACCAGAACCGCAGAACCAAGUGGAAGCGACAGACCGCAGUGGGCCUGGAGCUGCUGGCAGAGGCCGGGAACUACUCCGCUCUGCAGAGGAUGUUCCCGUCGCCUUAUUUCUACCACCCAAGCCUGCUGGGCAGCAUGGACAGCACCACAGCGGCGGCGGCGGCCGCGGCCAUGUACAGCAGCAUGUACCGGACUCCUCCGGCACCCCACCCGCAGCUGCAGCGGCCGCUGGUGCCCCGCGUCCUCAUCCACGGCCUGGGGCCUGGGGGACAGCCGGCCCUCAACCCUUUGUCCAACCCCAUCCCAGGCACUCCGCAUCCCCGGUGAGGAAGGAGGGACCCUGCCGAAGCCCUCCAGUUCCCAUUCCGCCCCGGACAGCUGCCCUGCCUCUCCCCGCACCAGGCCAACAGGAAUAGAGGCUGAGGAGUCAAAGGGGAGCUCACCGGUGGGCUGGGGUCCCCAAGGACCAGCCAGCUCUCUGCUCUCCAUCUGCCCCCUCAGAGGCAGGGAUGCAAAGCUCCCAACAGUGUGAAUGGCCCCACUGAAAGGCUACCAGUAAGUGAAAAACACCCACAAAAGCAAACCCUCGACUUCUUUUUUAACAGAAUGACUUUAGGGAC